UGGACACUGCCGACUCUGAGCAAUGGCCGCGUCUGGGGACCCUGGGAGGCAGUGGCAGGAGGAGGUGGCGGAGGCGGCGGUGGUGGUGGUGGGCUCCUGCAUGACCGACCUGGUCAGCCUUACUUCUCGUCUGCCAAAAACUGGAGAAACCAUCCAUGGACAUAAGUUUUUUAUUGGCUUUGGAGGGAAAGGUGCCAACCAGUGUGUCCAAGCUGCUAGGCUUGGAGCAAAGACAUCCAUGGUAUGCAAGGUUGGCAAAGAUUCCUUUGGCAAUGAUUAUAUAGAAAACUUAAAACAGAAUGAUAUUUCUACAGAAUUUACAUAUCAGACUAAAGAUGCUGCGACAGGAGCUGCUUCUAUCAUUGUCGAUAAUGAAGGCCAGAAUAUCAUCGUUAUAGUAGCUGGAGCAAAUUUACUUUUGAAUACAGAAGACCUGAGGAAAGCAGCCAGUGCCAUUAGCAGAGCCAAAGUAAUGAUCUGCCAGCUAGAAGUAACUCCUGCAACUUCUUUGGAAGCCCUGAGAAUAGCCCACAGCAAUGGAGUGAAAACAUUGUUCAAUCCAGCGCCUGCCAUUGCUGACCUGGACCCCGAAUUCUACACCCUCUCAGAUGUGUUCUGCUGCAAUGAAAGUGAGGCUGAGAUUCUGACCGGCCUUGAGGUCGGCAGCCCCACAGAAGCUGGGAAGGCUGCGUUGGUGCUCCUGGAAAGAGGCUGCCAGGUCGUAAUCAUCACCUUAGGUGCUGAAGGAUGUGUGAUGCUGUCACAGACAGAACCUGUCCCAAAGCACAUUCCCACGGAGAAAGUCAAGGCUGUGGAUACUACGUGUAGACCUGGCCCAAGACCCAAGAGUGAAGCAGUAACUGUAAGGAAGCAGAAAUAUUAUAAAUAACCCAGAGAACCCUUUUAUAACAGCAACUGCCUGCUGAUUUUGUGGCCUAACAGCUCAAGCAAAAAAAAAAGGAUAUAAAUACAAUAUUGUGCAAUGACUAAUUACUCAAAAUGUUGUGCAUCAGCAGAAGUGGGACCUGUGGUUGGUGCUAAUAUUAUCAGAUGCCUUUGCUGUUUAAUAAUCUGGUAGCUCUAUAUUAUUUAGCAUGCAGUUUUCACAGAGAAUAAUGAUUUUAUUUCAAGUAGCUUUCACUGAAAUAAAAAAGCAGCUGUUAGAAGAGGAACAUUUGGCAGAAAAUAUUGUAGAAGAAUCUUCUCUGAGAUACUAAAUCAUAUUGGAUUAACUGUUCUGUCUAGAAUGGUGGAGUGACAAAGGAAAAAGAUCACUGACCACAGAAGGCCAGGGCAGUCUUUAAAACCCAGUGAAUGAUGAACAGACAUUUUAGUUGUCAGUGCCAUUUAUUCAUCAAUAUAUAAAGUUAUGUAUAUACAAAGCUUCCAUUAAUAGUGCCUGAAGAAUGGGCCUUUUUUAUUCCAGUUUUAGCUCAUAUUCAGGAUUUUACUUCUCUCUCGUUAAUAGUGGAAUUCUUUAAAUUAUAGCAUAAAUUAAUACACCACAGACAUUUGGGGCAGAAUGGGGUUUUUAAUCAAUUUCAGUCUCCACAGGCCAUUCUGUGUGGCUUAGCAUGCUGGGCACGUGCUGGCCAUGCCCCUGCCCCUGCCCCUGAAUAGGCUAAGACACUUAGUUGCAGCAUGUGGGAUCUAGUUCCCUGACCAGGGAUUGAACCCGGGCCCCGUGCAUUGGGAGCAUGGAGUCUUAGCCACUGGACCACCACAGAAGUCCCUGACUCAAUUUUAGAUCAGAUCAAAAUGAUGCCGUUAUUAUGAUCACCCUACUCUUACAAAUUAUUAUUAAAUAUUAGUAGGGUACCAAUAAAUAAAGAAUCUGGCAGUUCUGGGAUGAAGGUUGGUAGAGUUUUUCUUAUUCUCUAGUAGUUGAAUUUUAAUCAAUAUGUUGAAGGUUGAAAGACCAGAGUCAUUUUUUAAUACCACUUACAAUCUUUGGGGAGAGUGACAUGCUGCCUUGAACAUAUCUGGCCCCACCUUACUUAGAUUUUGCAGUCGACCCCCCAUUGAUCCCUCUCUUUUUUCAUCCAUCUAAAUGAAAGAAGCCUUCAGCCCCAUAAACC